AACAUCUGGUCAUAGUGAUAUAUAGAUGCCAGCACUGUGUGCGUGCGUGUGUGCGUGCGUGUGUGUGCAUGUGUGUGUAUGUGUGUGUGCGUGUGCGUGUGUGUGUGUGUGUGUGUGUGUGUGUGGGUCUACUCUGCUGACUCAUGGCAUUGAAGCCUCUCUGGAAACACCCCCACCCUUCUAGCCAGCCAGUUGAUACACACCCCUGGGGCUCCUCCUUGAUUCAAAUAAUGUUAGGUCAAGAGGAAGAAAGAAAACAAAUUCAAGAGCUGCUCUUAAGCGUCUAGAAUUUCUGUGUCCCACCUCUCAACAGGAGAGACUUGGCCCAGAUCUGCCUCAGUCCACUACAAGCUAAACUGUUCUCUUAAAGCACCAACAUUCCUUGAACCUUUGGAUACAACUGGAAGAAGAGUCCAUGGUAUUUCAGCCUCUGCGGGAGGCAGAGGUCUGAAAACCGGCAGUAAAAGCGAAAAGAUGGCGAGCCCAAGGCCCAGCUCUCAAGCAGACCCUGAAAUUGAGCUUUUUGUGAAGGCUGGAAGUGAUGGAGAGAGCAUUGGAAACUGUCCCUUUUGUCAACGCCUUUUCAUGAUCCUCUGGCUUAAAGGAGUUAAAUUUAAUGUGACUACCGUUGACAUGACCAGAAAACCUGAAGAGCUGAAGGACUUGGCCCCAGGUACCAAUCCUCCCUUCCUGGUGUAUAACAAGGAAUUGAAAACUGACUUCAUUAAAAUUGAGGAGUUUCUAGAGCAGACACUAGCUCCUCCAAGGUAUCCUCACCUGAGUCCCAAGUACAAGGAGUCCUUUGAUGCAGGCUGUAACCUCUUUGCCAAGUUUUCUGCAUACAUUAAGAAUACACAAAAAGAAGCAAAUAAGAAUUUUGAAAAAAAUCUGCUCAAAGAAUUUAAGCGUUUGGAUGACUACUUAAACACCCCACUUCUGGAUGAAAUUGAUGUAGACAGUGCUGAGGAACUCACAGUUUCCAGAAGAUCGUUCUUGGAUGGGGAUCAGCUAACACUGGCUGACUGCAGCUUGCUACCUAAGCUGAACAUUAUUAAGGUUGCUGCCAAGAAAUAUCGUGACUUUGACAUUCCAGAAGAAUUCUCAGGAGUCUGGCGCUAUCUGCGCAAUGCUUAUGCCCGUGAAGAAUUUAUCCACACAUGCCCUGAAGACAAAGAAAUUGAAAACACUUAUGCAAGUGUGGCUAAACAGAAUUAGGGCAGCUCUUUCAGGAGAAAAGGCUUUACUUUUAUCAGAUUUUACUUUCUACCAUAUUAGAAAGCCUUUUUAGAAAUAAGAUUAUGAAAAAUAUCAUUUCCUCUGUCCGUCUCAAUUAUGAAAAGGAACUCUGUAUUUUCUCUAGUUAGCCAUAAAUUAUCCACUGUAUAUUUUAUAUAUUUUCAUAUUUUCACUUCAUUUCUUUCUUUCUGUGGCAAAUCAUUGAUUGUGAUCUUCGAGGACAUGGAAAGCAUUGAGAUCUUUUGCCCUUUGCUUGAGUUCCUAGGAUGCAUAAUAUAUGAGCUAAGCAGAUUUCUGAAGCUACCAAUGACAUAAGUAGAACCACAAUCUCAAAUUGCUCCUUAGAAACAAUUCUAUCUAAAUCAUUAAAUAAUUUUACAUUUGUUACUUUAAUGCAUGCAUGAGUUUAUUUCUGGUGUGAAUAAUAAACUGAGUGAGUGAGAAGAUCAGAAAGACAAAUUCUAAAAGGCUUUUUUAAAAAUUCAGUAUAUUAAUCCAGACCAAUUGGUUUUGAACAGUAUUGAAGCAUUCGAGACCUAGAAAUAUGAUUACUUCAUUCUCAGAGAAAUGACUAUGGCCUUUGAGGCCAGAUUAUAUCAUUGUUAAGUGAGCAAGGAUUCAUUUGAUAAUUAUAUUUUUAAAUUUAUUUAUUUUUAUUAGUACAUGUUUGCAGUACAUAAUGACCACAUUUACUAUGGGAGAUUUGUAUAUGUAUGUAACACAUCUUAAUUCUUUUUUGUCCCCUGUCCCUCUCCAUUUUCCAACCUUUCUUCCCCUCCUUUUUUGCAAAAGGUGUAUUUUCAUUUUUCCA